UAACGACUUGCCGUCUUCCGGCGCACGGCAUUGUGGGUAGGUGGUCAAAGCGGCGGGAGUAUAAUACUCAAAACAUUUCUCUUGUUCAAAAAAAGAUUCAUUUUUUGGAUAUUAUGCAACAUACUUUAGUGCAUUGUGUCGUUUGAGUCGCAUUUAGAAGCUAUUCCGGUGGUCAAGGUGAAGACAAAAGUGAGUUUGUCUUCAUUUCAAGCUUCCCCCACCGUAAAAAAAGAGCUUUGAAGCGCCUGUUUUUGGACUUAGCAUCGUGCUAGCUGGCGGGCAACAAUGGCGAAAGUGCAGGUGUUAAAUGUGGCCGUCUUGGACAACCCCAGCCCCUUUGGGAACCCCUUCCAGUUCGAAAUCACCUUCGAGUGCAUGGAAGACCUCCCCGAAGACUUGGAGUGGAAGAUCAUCUAUGUGGGCUCAGCGGAGAGCGAAGAGUAUGAUCAAGUCCUGGAUUCCGUCUUGGUUGGACCGGUACCCGCUGGACGACAUAUGUUUGUUUUUCAGGCUGAUGCACCAAACACUGGGUUGAUCCCGGAGAGCGAUGCUGUUGGUGUCACCGUAGUACUCAUCACCUGCACGUACCGUGGCCAAGAGUUCAUUCGCAUCGGUUACUAUGUGAACAACGAGUACACAGACCCGGAGCUUCGGGAGAACCCACCCAUCAAGCCAGACUACACUCAGCUCCAGAGAAACAUCUUAGCAUCAAACCCCCGCGUCACCCGAUUCCACAUUAACUGGGAAGGCUGCGCCGAGCGAAUGGAAGAUUCUGAAAAUGUGGAUCCGUCUUCAAACUCCAUGCUGCCUCCAUCCUGUCUUCCAGGCAAAGCUCCGCCCUUGGGAAUACUUCCAGACAAUUCCAUGGACUGCUUAUAGAGAUGUCCCCAGUUUGUUUUGUUAAAAGAACCCUUGGGACAUUGUCGCAUUGUACAGAUUUUUUUGCCUUACAACUUCAUUUCUUUCAAAGCUCUUCAACCAUAAAGGCUUCAGAUGAAGCAAUAUUAAAGUCGUUUUUACUCACGGGAGAGGAAAUGCUCACAAGUGAAGUGAAAGCUUUCAUUCACGCCAAGCGCAGUUGUGUCAUGUCCGAUGUCAGCAAUAGUCCAAUCAAUGACAGGAGUUUGAUCGUCUGACAUUUUAUUUUCACUAUAGUUUGCACUUAAAAUGUCUAUACUCACACUGACGGAUGGGAUUAUUGUUGCUGCCUUCAUGUUUUGGUUUUUCUCUGUUUUGGGUACAAAUUAAAAAAUGUAUUUGAAUGCAUUUUUGUGUUACAGAUAUUUGG